GGACGUAAUAUAACUACGCAGUAUAGGUCUCACUGUAAUCACCUGUCUAGCUAAGUCUGGGGUGAAGAGGAGUGUGUUUAUUACCGUGGACGUACACGGGCAGGAUGAAGACAAACUGUGACGUAUGUGACAAGUCCUUUCCAGACGACAACGCCCUCUACAACCACACACUAAGGGCGUGUAAGACGUGCAUGUACUGUACAUUUCAGUUCGAAGAUGUUGACGAGAUCAGGGAACAUAUGAAUGAUAAACAUAGGCAGAUAUCUUGUUCCAAAUGUCAGAGAGAAUUUUUCCACCAAGGAGGUCUGGACACACAUAUGUACAACCAGCAUAAUCCGGAUGGGAUAAAGAGAUGUGGUGGCCAUCGGAGAAGGGCAGACGACCUCGGCCUAAAAACGAUGUGCUAGAGAGAUCAUCGAAAUUCUUCUCUCAAAUGAAGAAAUACGAUUCUGUGGAAAAGUUUCUUGAAGAUGUUGUGCAGCCUGACCAAAUAGUUCUCGAAACACACAGGGCGGUUAUUGAUCGUCUCAAGCUGCUUCUGCAGAAAAAGACACAAUACAGAGUUUCUGAAGUUUUCAAGGGAGGAUCAUUUGGCAAAGGAACUACCAUCAAAGUUAAAUCUGACAUUGAUAUUGUUGUGUUCAUCAACGACUACGAAACAGUCUACGAAUUAAAGAAGGUUAUGAAAAAAAUACUGAAAGACCUAAAAUAUGACAUUGAACAUGGUGAAGACUGGGGCGUGGCGGCCAUGAAUCUCAGAAAGACACGUUACAGCAUUCAGUUUAGUUGCAAGACGACAUGGUAGACGUAGAUCUACUUCCUGCAGUUGAUGUGCUGGCCGGAGGAUCCAAGAAACCAAAGGAAGUAUGGAGACAGAUGAAACUAGAAGAGUCUUCUGUACGGCCCUACAAUUCUGCUAGCUUUGCACCCCAACAGGUCGCCUUUGUGAAAACACGUCCUUCAAGAGUGAAGGACCUAAUUCGCCUGGUGAAACACUGGAAGAGAACUGACCACGUCAAUAUCAGGUCCUACUGCAUUGAGCUCAUGGUGAUCAACCUCUGGCAGAAAUGGGGUAAACCAGAAAGAUUUGACAUGAAGGACAGGCUACUGGACAUCUUUCAGCAACUCUCGUCUAUGCGCAAAACAAGUAUCACAUGGCCUGACGAAUAUGACAUCACAGAGUUUGGGGGAAAACCACGCAGCCCUUACGUCAUGGACCCAGCAAACCCAUUUAUGAACACAGCACCAACUGCUGUUCAGGCGAAGGAAGUUGAAGACAAAGCCCGCAUUGUUCACCAAUUACUGAUGCAGUGAUUCAGUCGUCUCCACGAAUGACUUCUUGUACUUAUGCCCAUAAAGGCGAGUUUGUGUUACAUAGAGAUCCUCGUCAUGUGGUUCGCAUAUAGUUUACACUUUUUAUAACCUUUUUCUUCCUUUGUGUUGCUUUGUCACACGUCUUACGAUUAAAUGAAUGCAAAAGCAUUAUUUCAUAUGUGCGCAUGACGGCACUGUCUGGGUGUCACACAAUCUAUAUAAUAGCAAGUUCAAGUUCACAAAAGUCAUUAUUUGUUUCAUUCCCUAACUAGCUAUUGUAAAAACACUCAGCUAGUCACACAGUCAACUAUUCAAGGUUUUUUUAUGAUAGGGAUAUUAUUAUUUUACGACUGAAAAUGAGAAAUUAUAAAAUGGCGAUAACUGUUUCAGUUAGUUGCGAGAAAACAUCUAUUUAUACUGCCUUGGUUCCUUAACGUCGCGUUAUAUACAUACACGAUCGGCGGCAGUGAACGGGCUUGACAUAUCGGUGUAUAGCUAAUUCAGUAUCAUAAUUAAUUCUGUUUCAUUAGUUUAACAAACGGCGGGGUAAUUUUGUAAAUACCGCUAAAUUGUGGUUAUAACUGUUCGGCAGCCAAUAUACAGUUGACAGUAGACAAAAAUCAAUACUAUGACCGGUUACAAAAUGUGCAUUGACUAUCGGACCAAUGUUAAUUCGUCUAGCUGGUACAUGGUCUCAUGCUUAUACAACGUUUCAAUUGUAGAGUGUUUCAAUUGUGUGUGGUAAUACUGCAUUGAUAACAUUUACGGUUACAUAGAAUUUGUGACUGAAACAUGUUUGUCAAUAAUUGUUAGGAAUACACCCAGUAGUGUAUAUGAUUUGGUUUGUGUGUUUGUUGUUUAACGCCGCACUCAGCAAUAGUCCAGCUAUAUGGCGGCGAUCUGUAAAUAAUCGAGUCUGGACCAGACAAAGUAGUGA